UUUUCUUUCUUUUUUGUCUCUCAUGAUGAAUCUUUACAAUGUAUACUGGGUAAUCGUUGAAAUUUCCUGGAUUUUCCCUUGACUAUUUUAGACUCUGUACAAUAUAUAUAUAUAAUGCAUGUAAGUUUUGCUGUAAUAUUGUCAUCAUCUACAGAUAAGCUGUUAAGACUUAAGACACCAGAUAUUUGCACGAACUUUUAUGUGGUUUCUGGUUGUUCUAAGCGGUGAUUGAUCAAAUUUUAAUCACGUUUCUAUAGGAAUGAGCUUAUGAGCCCUUCUAUGUGUGCUAGUUAAUACAUUUUGUUGACUGGAAUUGCAGACUUAAACAAACAGUCUUAUUCUGUAUUAGACAGUAAGAAAUUUCAUUGCCAGUGUUAACCUCUUUUUACUAUAUAAAAUUAUGCGUGUUAAUUUUCAAGAGCUCGUUUAGUAAAGUUUAGUGUGUAGAAUUAAUACUGGUACAUGAUUUAGAAGUUGAGCUGCCUUAAUUAGAGAGAGUGUUGAGCUAACAGAAAUUAUUAAAUUUUUUUUUUUUAAAAUGAUGCUUGCCCUUGUUAAGAUCACGUCCCUGCUUCCCAGCACAUGAUAAUGGCUUGCUUGCUUGAACAUGGGCUCUGGAAUUCUGCAUUUGCUUUUGUUGUUUUUAGUCCUUUUGUGCUACUUGGUCGCAUUUCAUAGUGAAGGAUCAUUGCUAUUACUGCCCCUUCUUUCCUUCGCUAAUCAGCAGAACACUAGGGAUGAUAGACCUUAUCUGCAUAUAUAUGCUUUGGGGUGGUGGUAGCCUGUCUUCUAUGCAUUGUUUAUUUGGUUAUUGUGUCGCAGGCUUUGUGCUUGACCCUUCAAAAUGCAGUCAGCUAAGUUUGGGAGAGAGAAGAGAACUUGUUCGUGAGAUUGCCCAAUGGUCAAAAGAUGCCCCUGAGGUUCUUAGUUCAUUCACCCGUAGGGAGCUUCUUGAGAUUAUUUGUGCAGAGAUGGGUAAAGAAAGGAAAUACUCAGGAUAUACCAAGUUUCAAAUGAUAAAGCACCUCCUAAAGUUGGUUUCCAAGACGUCCAAGAGGAGCAGUAUAGGCAAUAUUAUGGCUGUUUCUCCUGCCAAUCCUCAAGCUGGAUUUAAAAGGCCAAGGAAGAAAGAAUCUCAAGCUCACUUAUCAAUUGACCUGAAUUUUGUUUCUGCAAAGAAUAACAGUGAAGAAUACAUCAAAAUGCAAAUAUGUGAAAAUGCUGCUUGCGGAGCUACUUUAUCUCCUGGUGAUGCUUUUUGCAAGAGAUGUUCUUGCUGUAUCUGUCAUUACUAUGACGAUAACAAGGAUCCCAGUCUAUGGUUAACCUGUGGUUCUGAUUCUCUUGGUAAGAGAUCAUGCGGACUUACUUGCCAUCUAAUCUGUGCUUUGAAGGAUGAAAGGACUGGAAUUAUGAAGAUUGGUUGUCAUUCAAAGCUAGAAGGAAGUUUCUACUGUGCUUCUUGCAGACAAGUUAAUGAGCUGAUGAGGAACUGGAGAAAGCAAUUGUUGGUUGCCAAAGAGGCAAGAAGAGUUGAUGUAUUGUGUCAACGAGUCCUUUUGGGUUACAGGAUGCUCACAGGAACCGAGCAAUACAAGGAAAUGCAGAAGAGCAUGGAAACUGCCUUGCAAUUGCUGAAAAAUGAAUUGGGACCUCUGGAUCUGGUGUGUUCUAAGAUGGCACGGGGAAUUGUUAACAGGCUCUCUUGUGGUGCUGAGGUUCAGAAAUUGUGUGCUUCUACAGUGGAAGCUUUUGAUUCAAUGUGCGGUGGCAGUUAUCAUGGUUAUGUGGAAAAGAAAGAGCCAGCAUGUGCUGAGGUUCCGAAACUGUGUGCUUCUGCUGUGGAAGCCUUUGAUUCAAUGUUUGCGGACAAUUAUCAUGGUUAUUUGGAACAGAAAGAGCUAACAUCUUGUCAGAUCCAAUUUGAAGAAUCUUCCCCUAGGCUACAAGCAGGGAAGGACAUAAACGAGAACAAGAAUGAAGGGAUGAACCUUGGAUCAUUUUCUCCCCCCACUCCUUGUAAUUCCAAUGGGAUGCAGGAAGUGUCAGGCUUAGAUUGCAAAAAGCGAGUAGACGAGAGUGCUUAUGAAUAUUCUGUGAGAGUUGUCAAAUGGUUAGAGCUCAGAGGGCACAUAGCUGAAGAUUUCAGAGUAAAGUUCCUUACUUGGUUUAGCCUGAAAGCAACACUGCAGGAUAGAAGGGUGGUCAACGUUUUUGUGGAUGCUUUGAUCGAUGACCCACGAAGCUUAGCUGAGCAGCUCAUUGACACCUUCAUGGACAAGAUAUGCUGCGAUAAAAAACCAGUUCCUUGGCACGGGUUUUGCACCAAGCUGUGGCAUUAAAUACUGAAAACAUAAACUCUUAGCCAGGUGGAAAAUUUAGAUUUUCAUCCAAGUCAUCUAGGAUUUUGUCUGUCAAGCAAGCUGAAUGUGCACCAGCUGCUUAAUUUUGUUACUAGAUUCAAUUAAUAUUGAAUAGAAGACUUAACGUGCA